GGGCUGUGAAGGAGCAGCGAAAGGGAUGGGGUGGCCAGUCCAGCCUGGAGACCCUCGUGCCUGAGCCCAGGGCAUCUGGAGGGGUGAGCUGCUGAACCCGGACCCAGAAGAGGAUGGGGAAGCAGAACAGCAAGCUGCGCCCCGAGGUGCUCCAGGACCUGCGUGAGAACACUGAGUUCACAGACCAUGAGCUGCAGGAGUGGUACAAGGGCUUCCUAAAAGAUUGCCCCACGGGCCAUUUGACUGUAGAAGAGUUUAAAAAAAUAUAUGCAAAUUUUUUUCCCUAUGGCGACGCGUCAAAGUUUGCGGAGCACGUCUUCCGCACCUUUGACACUAACGGCGACGGGACGAUUGACUUUAGGGAAUUCAUCAUCGCCCUGAGCGUCACCUCCCGGGGCAAGCUGGAACAGAAGCUGAAGUGGGCAUUUAGUAUGUAUGACCUGGAUGGCAACGGGUACAUCAGCCGUGGGGAAAUGCUAGAAAUAGUGCAGGCAAUUUACAAAAUGGUUUCAUCAGUAAUGAAAAUGCCAGAGGAUGAAUCCACUCCUGAGAAGAGAACAGACAAGAUCUUCAGACAGAUGGACACAAACAAUGAUGGUAAGCUGUCGCUGGAAGAGUUCAUCAAAGGUGCCAAGAGCGAUCCCUCCAUCGUGCGGUUGUUACAGUGCGACCCCAGUAGCGCAAGUCAGUUCUGAUAAAAGCGGACAGUGUGCUCAGAGAAUCUCGGCUUGUGUCCUUCAAGCUUUGCUCGCAAACGGAUGCCUUCUCAACCAUCCCUCCUCACUUGGCGGAUAAGACCCCGUUGCCAGAUCUUGUGUGUGUGUGCGUGUGUGUGUGUGUGUGUGUGUGUGUGUGUGUGCUCCCCCCACUAACACCAGUGCAGUUCUCCUGCGGCAGCUCCGUUUCUGCUUCCCCGUAAUGUUACAAUUCACUCUGCACAUUUUAAACAUUAAUCGAAAGGUAUGUUUACAUGCAGCUACGAGAGAGUCCAAUGGCUGAUGAGACACCACUUCACUUAGUCCAUGACAAAGGUGAUGUUUCCAUAGUUCCCGAGAAGAUGCUAGGUAGGACUCUUACCCAAAAUAGAAGAUGGUAGAUAAUUUAUUUUGCUUCGGAAAUUACUAUGUUAAAAAAAAAAGUGGACUGAAUGGAGUGGAAAGUUAAAAAAAAAAAAAAAAAAAAGAAAAAGAAAAAAGGAAAAAAAAAAGGCAGCUUUCCUGGGCAUGGUUCCAAUUUUCUUUUUGAGGAAAAUUGCUUGCACUUAUCUAAUGGUCUUUACUUUCUUUUAAUAUAUAUAUAAAUUAUAUAUAUAUGGUGAAGUAAAAUUUUAAAUAUUUAGGUCAUCUAUUUAAGGCAUAAAAUAGAAUUCAAGCUUUUUUUCUUCUAGUUGUCUGUGAUUUAUUCAAAUCUUGGAGAUUGUUUUUUUGUGAUAUUUAUGCAUUAGCAAAUUGCUGUUCCAAAAGAAAUGCAUGACUAGCAGUUUGUGGAUAUUUCACUCUGUUUAAUUCCUGAAUGCAAAUAUUUGUUCAUUUUUACUGUCAGUCAUUCCAGCAUUACUGUAUUAACAAAAGACCUGAAAGAAGUUCAUCCUCAUUUUGUAUUUCUCAGUGGAGUCCUACUUUCUGGUGGUUGCUGCGUUAAAUGGCUUUUGAGUGCCCCGAGGUGACGUGACUGGCACUGCUGUUCUCGACUUGGCUAAACCUCCUCCCUUUUGCUGUCAAUAUGUUAAUAGUCUUGUGCAUUCCAGUGUUAUUUAAUAUCUGCCUAAUGCCAAGAAAUAUUAA